CCCUGCCUCAUCCCCUCUUUCCCAGCACAAAUUUUGCUACAAAUUCUCGCUCUUUAGCCAUCAUCAACUGAUGUUAAAGCCCAUCAUUCCCGUUUUCCCUUCUCCAGAUUCCUCUCCUCAUGAAGAUCUCUUCCUCCUUGGAUUUCCGCUCAAAUGACGCUGCCGCUGCAGGCUGCCUGUCGGGAAUUCUGCGCCGGUUUCUUUGCGGGAGUCUCCGCGGCAACGCUUGCAGAGAGGGCGAAGAAGGCCAUGGGAUCGACGCUGCUUUUGGCCGAGAGUGGAAGGCCGAGCGGGAGAUGAUGCCGAGUCCUGGCAUCGUAGCGCGCUUAAUGGGCUUAGAGUCGACGCCGGUGCAUCCAUGCGCUGCUUCUGAGUUGGUCGGGCGAAGCCGGUCUGCAAACUCGCUCGAGAGCUGGCCCGGGUUUCUCUCCGAGAGAAGCCACAGCCCGCAGUUCAGGACACCGCAGUCUUUUCGUGAGGCACCGACGUACUUGAGGCAGGAGAAUGAUGAUUUCCUGCUUCUGAGCUUCACGCCUGAUGAUAGAGAGGAGGCCAUGGCAUCCAAUGGAAUGAGACGCAGGAUGGAGUCUCGAGAAACGAAGGAGAGAAAAAAGAGCGAGCGCAAGGCUAGAGUGGAAAGGGAGAGCAGAACAGAGGGAAGAAUCAGAGAAAAGAAGAACAAAAACAAGAGAGUCGAGCGGCAGCACUGUCGCAAGGAGAACUCGCCCGAGAGGAAACUUGGUACCAAAGCAGCGAAUUCCAUUAAGCCCAUGAAGCAAAGAGAAAUGCCGAUCAUCUUAGACAAGUCCAAUGCUGUAAAAAAGAAGCCACAAAAUGCUCGAGGGAAAGUGGAACUGGAAUGCAGCUCCCAGAAUUCCAGCCCUGUUUCAGUUUUGGAUCUCGCAUACAUCGACGAUGACUGCUGCAUCGACACCAACUCUCCAUCUACUGGAGAACAGAAGAAACCAAUACAGCAGAGCUCGAGAAGAAAGCUGCCACCGAACUUCGAGAAUGCCAGCUGCUUAUCUCCAAGCAUGGGCCUUGUUACGUUCUCCAGGGAUGGAGGAAUGAGGUCAGUCGAUAUGGAACGCAAGAGAUCGAGUUAUCAAGAGCAAGCUUGUCCAGAUUUUUCAGACAUCUGGGGAAAGAUUUGCAGGCUAGCGGAGGAGGAUCUCAAGAAUUCUGCAUGGAUUACGAAAGAAACUUCGAGGCCAGAACGUGCUGGAGAUAUUGCAGCUGAUCUUGGGCUACAGAUGCUUGAUCUACUUCUCUACGAGGCAGUAUGCGAAUUACCUAACUACAUUACAUAAUGAAAUUGUACAUAGGACUUCUUCUCUGCCCUGCAAAUUUCUUUAGUGGACAUGUGAACCGAUGUAGAAAAUUUCAUAGUCAAAGUAACGAUUUCCAA